AUGAAAGCCGCAGGCCUCACCGGCGCACGCAUCCCGCCCAAGAAGCAAAUUGCUCAGAUGCAGCUGCCGCCAGCCCACGCACGCAGCCACAGCAACUACACCGCGCACAAUAUCAGCAUCUGGCGCGAGCGCGGCGGAGGCGACCUGGAGCCGGUCCUCGCGAGCGGCGCUAUGGCCCUCGUCGACGCGCAGUGGAUCAUCAGCCACGCCGAGGCGGGCGGUGUCGUCACGCACCGGCAGGCGCUGCCCAAAGAGGCCUUCCUCUCCCUCGCCGACCUCGUCGAGGCGAGCCGAGCCAGCCUGGGCGGGCUGCCCUUGCUCUAUGACACAGGCGACACGCUCCGCCGCGUGGGCUCGGGGCUCAGGGCCCUCGCCAACGACUGGUACAACCGCGGCCAGCGGUUCGGCGUCUUUUGGGACUUCCUCUCGCUGCACCAGCACCCCGACCCCGCGCACGGACGGGUGCGCACCGCCGAGGAGAACAGGCUCUUCAGGCAGGGGCUUGGCUGCCUCGGCAGGCUCUUUGCCCACCCGCACACCACCGUGCUGCGGACCGCAAGCUACCCGGAGGGGUACGACGGCAGGCAGUGGUCCGCGCAGCUCGUGCUCAGCCUGAGGGACCAGUACGAGGGCCUUCCCGGUCCGAACUUGUGGCGAUGGGGUCACUCUGGCGACCCGUGCCGCGGCAAGCAAUCCACUCGCGGCGAUUGGCGCCUGGCGGGCGACCCGUGGUACGACCGGUCCGCGAUGAUUUCCGAGUGCGCGGAGGGCGGCGACCGGUGGCCGCCGCUGCUGCCGUCGCAGUUCACGGAGCGGCUCGACGCGCGCGCAUUCACUGAGGGCAAGGACGACAAGGCGCUCGUCAGCCGGCUGUACGCCGGCGCCUUUCGGGAGGAGAUGCGGAGGGCCACAAGGCUCGGCUACGGCGGCCUCGGCUGGGGCGACGCGGAGGCGGCGCAGGUGGCGAGGGUGAUCGCGAGCGGCGCGCUGCCGCGACUCGAGGCGCUGUCCUUCCUACUCAACGACGUUGGGGACGACGGGGCGAGGGCGCUGGCCGCCGCCCUCGGCAGGAAGUGGGUGGCGACCCGCCUCUCCCGCGUCGACCUCUGCGGCAAUUCGAUCCGCGACGGGGGCGCGAAGGCGCUGGCCGCCGCACUCGCCCAUGGCGGAGCUUGUCCUUCGCUCAGGCAGCUCUACCUCGACUACAACUGCAUCGGAGACAAGGGCGCCGAGGCGCUGGCCGCCGCCCUCGGCAGGGCGGGGGCGCCGCAGCUGAAGAGGCUCUGCCUGGGCAGCAACGCGAUCGGCGAGGGCGGCGUGGGCGCGCUCGACGCCGCGCUCUUGCGGCGCGCGGCCAUGAUCGGCGACGAGAGCAUGCUCGCUCGGCGCGGCCAGACGCGCCGCUCUCUCGAGCGCAGAGCAGGGCGCGGCCAGACGCCGCUCGAGAUCGACUACAGCCGCCUCACCAAGGAAGGGGCCAAGCGCCUGCUCGCUCGCCACGGGAGGCCAGCCGACGGCCCGCCGCCCCACGACUCGCCAGUCUCGCCGACCGUCGCCCUGCAGUCUGCCGAGCCCGAGCUGCGCAGCCGCAACGUGAGGGAGAGGCUCACUCUUCUGUACAGGUAG